AUGUGUAAUCCAACGAGUGAGGCCUUAAGCGAGAACUCCAUCUUCAGUUAUUACAACAGUAUUUAUGAUGGAGCCAGAGUCUACCCAUGCCUAGAACCUGGGAAUCACUUUGACCAAGACUCAGGUCUCAUGAAUCAUCAGAAAACUCAAUGUUCAGAGAACCACGAUGAAAGGGAUGAAUGUAGAAAUAUCUUUUAUCAAAGCCCAAAUCUUAUUACAGAUAGGAAUAUCCACAAUGAAGAAAACAAUUACAAAUUUAGUGAAUGUGGUCAAGUUUCCAACCAGUCAUCACAACUUACUCAAUAUCCGAGUAUUCAUGCUAAGGGGGAACACUGCAAGUGGAAUAAAUGUGGGAAAGUCUUUCCUCAAUUAUCAAAUCUAAACGGACACAGGAAAACCCAUACUGAAGGGAAACCUAACCAAUGCACAGAAUGUGGCAAAACCUUUAGCAAGCCCUCAAACCUUACUCGACAUCUCAGAACUCAUACUGCAGAGAAGACUUACAAAUGUAUAGAAUGUGGCAAAGCCUUUACUCAGAAUUCAAACCUUAAUCAACAUAGGCGAAUCCAUACUGGGGAAAAACCAUAUAAAUGUCAGAAUUGUGGGAAAGCCUUUAACCAAAGUACAGCACUUACUCAACAUCAGCGAAUCCAUACUGGGGAGAAGCCAUAUAAAUGUCAGAAUUGUGGGAAAGCUUUUAACCAAAGUACAGCACUUACUCGGCAUCAGCGAAUCCAUACUGGGGAGAAGCCAUAUAAAUGUCAGAAUUGUGGGAAAGCUUUUAACCAAAGUACGGCACUUACUCGACAUCAGCGAAUUCAUACAGGAGAGAAGCCUUAUAAAUGUACAGAAUGUGGCAAAGCCUUUAAUCACAACUCAACACUUACUCAACAUCAGCGAAUUCAUACAGGAGAGAAGCCUUAUAAAUGUACAGAAUGUGGCAAAGCCUUUAAUCAGAGUUCAAACCUUAAUAAACAUAGGCGAAUUCAUACUGGGGAGAAACCAUACAAAUGUAAAGAAUGAGGCAAAGCUUUUAACUGCCACUGAAAUCUUACUUGCCAUAAAAUAAUUCACACUGCCAAGUAGUCUUACAAAUAUAAAUAAUGUGACAGAGUCUUGAAGUGAACCGUCACCUCACUCAGCAUCAGAGAGCGUGUUCUGGAGAGAGACCCUACAAAUGUAAUAAGUGAUGAAAGAGGUUUGUCCUAGGUAUACACAUCAGAAAAUGCCAGAGGGUUCAUACUGGGAAGAAUGUUUAAUGCUGUGAGAAAUGGACAAAAUGAAUUUAAAAACUCAGGUCUAAGUAAAUAUCAGAGAAUUCAUCAAAGAUAGCAUUCAGUCAAUAACCCUUUUCUGGUAUUACUUUAAGCAGGAUAUUAUAGGAAAUAAUCCAUAGUUAAAACACUUAGAAAAAUUAUUUCUUACUGUGGAUCAUAGGAUCAAGGUGAGA